AUGACACUAAAUCAACAAACUAAACCUAGAAGGAACACAGAACCUCGCACGAUUUUGCCGGAAUUCCAAUUUGGCGGUAAUCUAACGCCAUUAUCGGCCGUGUUUUCUCCAGUUGAGGAAACUUUUUGUAUAUACGAAGAAGCAAUAAUUCCGCCAUUACCUGACAUAAAUAAUUUCAAUUGCAAAAACUCGACAUCAACACAUUCAAAGAAUAGUUCAAUUAGUUCAACCGAUUCAACGGUGACUCUGGAUUCUAUAAAUGAAAAACUUCAAACUAUUGAACGAGAUCAGUCUCUAACAUUUUGCGAUGAAUUGAGGAACGUUGAUGAUCUUUUGGCAAAUGAGAUAUUAGACAUUAUUGACAAAGUUGAUAUUAAGUGGGAUAUAUGA